UAAUAUUCCGCCGAGCUUUUCUUCGCACAUCUCUAUCCAUUAAAUGUAGUAAAGUCACAUUAAUUAAUCGCAAGACGACGACUUUUCUUUUUUUGUUUUCUUUUCCCCUUGUUGUCAGUCUCCUUCGUGUAUUCACGUUUCGUAUAAGUCAUCAGGCUGUUACUCAUGCAUCAUCUUUCUCCUCUGUUUUUUAUAACACGACAACAUUACAACGACUAUUCUGAACUUCAAAAAAAAGAAAACUUGCUCUGUUCCGACAACUUUCUUGAAGCCAUGGUAGUAGCUUCGUGUCCGGUCUGGCGAAAGAACGAGACUUGAAACAGAGUUCUUGAUAACAAAGUCGUUACCUUUGUGUUGUUUGUUUGUUUCCAAUGGGUUGCGGAGGAUCUAAGAUAGAUGAUCAGCAGCUCGUGAUCCUCUGCAGAGAGCGCAAGGAACUGCUCAAAACGGCGUCGCAUCACCGCUCCGCUCUCGCCGUCGCUCACCUCGUUUACUUACAGUCUCUCCGCGACGUCGGCGAAGCUAUCCAGCGUUUCGUCGACGAGGAGGAGAGCGUUUCUUCGCCGGUUCUCACGCUUCCUUCCGACGAAGGGAAGCCGACGAAGCAACGCAGAGGAUCGAUCUCUUCCACGUCGAUUUCUCAUUCGGUUAUCGAAGAAGAAGGAGAAGAAGAAGAUGGAACCGGUUCGCAUUUGAAUCUCUCUUCAAUUGGAUCUGAAUCCGGUUUAGAAGACGGAUCUGAUGAUGAUGAUGACGAUGGUGGUCAUAUCCAAAUCGAUACCACUCCUGAACCAGAGCUAAACCGGUCAAAACAAACAUUUUCCCCCGGUAACCGGUCAAAACAAACAUUUUCCCCCGGUUAUGGUUAUCCUCCACCGGGUUAUCCAUACCCGUAUCCGGUUGGAGGAUGGGGAUUCAAUGGCGACCCGAAUCGAGGAAUGUAUUUCAUGAAGAAAUCCGCGGCGCAAUCCCAACCGUUCGUUUUCAAACCGGAGAAUCACCGAGUAGAGCCGUCGGAUUACGGAAACUCCGGUUAUUUCAUUAAUCCUGGGUCAACCGGUUCCAGUUAUCUCCCUAAUGCUAAUUAUUCCGGUUAUCCUCCUCCUUCUCCGGCAAAGCCACCACCACCAACUCUCCCCUCCCCGCCUAGAGUCUCCACUUGGGACUUCUUGAACGUGUUCGACACGUAUGAUUACGGAAACUCACGUUCGCGUGCUCCGAGCUACUACUACCCUCCGGGAACGGCGUCUAUCUCGAGCAGCCCUGACUCGAAGGAGGUGAGAGAGAAGGAAGGGAUCCCUGAGCUCGAAGAAGUACCAGAGCACGAGGUGAUCAAGCAAGUGUACAGACGUCCAAAGAGAACACCAGCUUUGGAGAAGGUGAAAGAACGCAAAGAAACACUAAAGACAGUGCCUUUACCGGAAGAAGCAGCCACGGAGGAGAGCUCGUUAGAUACAGAGACCGUCUCUACGUUUUCAGGAAGCGAUGUGGAGGAGGAGUCUGACUUUCACUAUGUUAAGAGCAGCAACAGUUCGAGCGGACAGGAGACGAUCAUGGAGACGGAGGGGUCGGAACAACAAGUGAAUGGGAGCAAGAAAGGAGUGGUGAGCAUUGAGCUGGAUGAGGAGGGAGCCAGUAGUAGUACUUCCUCUUUUGAUGUUGAGUCUUCUAAGAUUAGUAGCUUUUCGAGUUUGUCGGUUCGUGCCACUAGGGAGAUCAAGGAAGUUGUGGAGGAGAUUAAGAGCGAGUUUGAGAUUGCUGCUUCAUGUGGGAAGGAGGUUGCUGUGCUGCUUGAGGUCAGCAAGUUGCCUUAUCAGCAUAAAGACAAGAGUGGCUUUAAAGUUAUCUUAUCUAGGAUCAUGUAUCUUGUAGCACCAUCCAAACGCUCUAAGCCUGAACUAUCAAUAAGACUAACAUCUAAGACACUGCAAUUGGCAAAAGCAUAUAAUGGACAAGAUGUUAAUGUAGGCUCCACUGGAAACCUCUCAUCAACCUUGGACAAACUCUAUGCUUGGGAAAAGAAACUCUACAAGGAAGUCAAGGGAGAAGAGAAGCUUCGUUCCAUCUACGAAGAGAAGUGCAGAUCACUGAAGAAAAUGGACGCGCAUGGGGCAGAAGCUACCAAGAUCGAGGCGACUCGAGCGUACAUCAGGAAGCUUCUGAUGAAAAUAGAUAUCUCUAUAAGAUCUGUUGAUUCUAUUUCGAGACGGAUCCAUAAACUUAGAGAUGAAGAGUUGCAGCCACAGCUCACACAGCUUAUUCAUGGGUUGGUGAGAAUGUGGAGAUCGAUGCUGAAGUGCCACCAGAAACAGUUCCAAGCCAUCAUGGAGACCAAGGUUCAGUCUGUAAAGGCGAACACCGUCUCCAGCUCGAAAGCGUUUCUUGAUCUCGAGAUGGAGCUAAGGGACUGGUGCAGCAGCUUCAACGAGUGGGUCAACACGCAGAAAAAAUACGUCCACUCUCUAAACCGGUGGCUCUCGAAGUGUCUUCACUACGAGCCAGAGGUGACAGAGGAUGGAUACGCUCCUUUCUCACCUAGCCAGAUCGGCGCACCACCGAUCUUUACCGUAUGCAAAGACUGGGAAGAAGCGAUGGGGAGAGUGUCUGGAGAGAAGGUGAGCAACGCGAUGCAAGGGUUCGCUUCGAGCUUGCACGAGAUGUGGGAGAGGCAAGAGGAAGAGGAACAAAGGCUCAGAGCAGAGCAAAAUCAAGAUCAUGCAGAGUCUGAUGACAAGAGAAGUGUGGUUUCGAAAGGCCGGUCAGAGAGCGGAGUGUCGGUUUUGGAUGAUCUGAGAGUGGAUUUGGAUUCGAUGAGGAAAAAGCUGGUGGAGGAGAGAGGUAAACGUAGAGAAACGACCACUGUGAAGGCGGUGGCGUCGAGUAGUAGUACGUUGAAAGGUGGACUCGCUCCUGUUUUUGAUGCGUUGAGAAAAUUCAACGUAGAGGUUGUGAAAGCUCAUGGAAUUGUUAGGCUUCAACAUCCUCGGACUUCUUCUUGAGUAGUAGAGAGGGGGGGGGGGCACAUUUUGCAAUAUUUUGAAGUUUUGUUACUUGAAAAUUAAUUAUAGGUCCAUAUAGAUUCCACAUUCGGUUAAAGAAGCAUUGGGUCUCGUGAACUUCAACUUAUAUGAACCAAUGGAAGUAUCUA